GCUUUGUUCGGGAAGAACUUCACCACGAGGUCACGAGUGUACACUUUCACUGCCGUCGCGACCAUUGCCGACGUUGAGGGAAGCACAAAUGGCCAGCCCUUUUGGCUUUGGCGGUAACAACGCCGCUCGCCAGAUCGAGACCAACCAGACUGCUAGCUCAACCACGGCAGCACAAGGCUAUACGGGCCCGGCUAAAAUGCUCGACGAGCACCUCCUCACCCCAGCUUCUAUCAGCUCCCUCGAAGUCCACGGCGCCACCAACACCCGGAGAAGCUUGUUGAACCAUGUUCUCCAGCCGCUUGUGGAGGAGAGUGCCCAGGCCGGGACCACCUUGGGUCAGGUCCUCGAGCGCAUUGGGACAGCCACCAAGAAGCUCGCCCGUUUCGACAUCUUCAGGGAGGAAGGGUUUGGCGUGUUUCUGUCCGAGGCCGCGCGCCCCGAGGCUGCCCCGCCAACCGAUAGGACGGACCUCGAUAUCUCGAUCCGCGUGAAGGAGAAGUCGCGCCUGGUUUUCAGCGCCGGUACCGACUUUGGCAACACCGAGGGUUCGGCUUAUACCAACGCCGUUGCGCGCAACAUCUUCGGCGGCGCCGAGACUCUUUCGGUCAACGCGAGUACCGGUACACGAACGAGGUCAGCCUACAACGCGACCUUCUCGACUCCCAUCAACGGCAACCCAGACCUUCGGUUCUCAGCCGAAGCACUGCACUCCGCAACGCAAAAGGCAUGGGCGUCGCACGAAGAGCAUCUGGCAGGCGCAAACCUGCGGCUUGCCUGGCUAAGCGAGAACAGCGAUACCCACGCGCUAGCAUACUCUACCGUCUGGAGGCAGCUCACAGGCCUGGCCGCAACGGCAUCGCCCACGGUCCGAGCCGACGCGGGCGAUUCCCUCAAGAGCUCACUAACACACACAUUUACGCGAGAUCGCCGUGACAACCCGAUGCUGCCGCAAAGGGGCUAUCUCCUUCGCACUGUCUCCGAGCUGGCCGGCUGGGGCCCUCUGCGCGGCGAUGUUUCUUUUGCGAAGACAGAAGUUGAGGCAUCAGGAGCGCUUCCCGUGGCCAUCCCCGGCUUAGGGUCCAAGUCCGGCGUCUCGGUCGGAGCUGGUCUCCGCCUCGGCCUUCUCUACCCACUCCCCUCCGGCUAUUCUCUUACAGGGUCCGCCCAGCCAAGCCGCAUCAACGACCGCUUUCAGCUCGGCGGACCUACCGAUGUCCGUGGCUUUAAACUUGGCGGGCUCGGACCCCACGACGGGGCCGACUCCGUCGGAGGGGACGUCUUCGCCGCCGGGAGCAUCAACGCGCUGAUCCCACUACCUCGUACGGGUCCCGAGUCGCCCCUGAGGCUACAGCUGUUUGCGAAUGCUGGGCGGCUGGUGGCGCUCAACAGCAGAGGCAAGGCGAAAGAAGGGGGCAAGGGAUUGGCGAUGGACUCGGCCACUGUCUUCAAAGGCGUCAAGUCUGCUGUCGCUGAGCUGACGAAUGGCCUACCAAGCCUGGCCGCGGGUUUCGGUUUGGUGUAUGCCCACCCUGUUGCGCGGUUUGAGCUCAACUUUAGCUUGCCGCUCGUGCUACGGAGGGGAGAGGAGGGCCGCAAGGGCUUGCAGGUCGGCGUGGGCAUCAGCUUCUUGUAGACUAACUAUGGAAUCGGACAUCUGAUUCACUUGUAUAGAUGUACUACUAUGAAGAAUCGCUGGUAGUAGCGGCCCUCGUCUAGAUCGACUUCUAGGGACAAAACCCUACUUCCUGGGUAGAUCCUUUGUCGUGGAACAGAC